GUAAAUGGAAGAACCCUCUCUGUCGCCACCCAUGAUCAAGCAAUAGAGGCUUUCCAAACUGCCAAAGACCCUCUUGAGGUUUGGGUACUCCGCAGGACGGCACAAAAGACUUGCAGGACUCUUAAACCAACCCGAGGAAUGGACAACACUACUCAGACCAACAUUACGCUGAAAACCUUGCAACAAAUAGAGACUUUGGCCAACAUGCCAUCACCUUCUACUCCAUGUAUGGCUUUGCUGGACAGUUUCCGUUCACCCUCACAGCAUCAAUUGGCAAGACAUGACUCACCUUAUUCCUCAGACUUCCAUGAUGAUGUACAGAAAGACAUUGAGAGUGGAGGCCUGGAAUAUGAGGAGGUGGAUCUGCAGAGGAAAACCACUCAGGAUAAGCUUGGCCUGAAGUUAUGUUACAAGACGGAUGACGAGAAGUCUGCCAUUUAUAUUAGCGAGAUUGAUUCAGAAGGAAUUGCUGCAAAAGAUGGCAGAGUUCAGGAAGGAGACCAAAUUAUCCAGAUCAAUGGAAUGGACAUCCAGAGCCAUGAGGCGGCAGUGACACUUCUGACCAAGGUGGAGAGUAAGAAUGUGACCCUUCUAGUGGCUCGACCAGAAAGUCAGGAUGUUGGCCGGUUGGAGAAGGAUAGAUACAACUUAAAAGACUUGCACGUGGGCAUACUGGAGCAGCAACAUCACAAGGUCAAGGAGUUUACUGCAAGUAUGCUGCAGCAGAGCACAAAUGAAGAAGAUGGAGGCACUACAGAUACGGCUACUUUACUAUCCAACCAGCAUGAAAAAGACAGUGGCGUAGGGCGCACAGACGAAAGCACUCGUAAUGAUGAAAGCUCAGAGCAAGACAUCUUGGGGGAUGACCAGAAUUCCUUCUGUGACACUCUCCCAGAAAACUACAUGAAGUACAACAAUAAUCUGGACACUGUUGAAAGUGGGGACAUGCACUUAAGCAAUGACUCCUUCCUUUCAGUUGACAAUGGAGACAGUGGAAACUUCCUUGGCAUACGUGGCACAACAUGUGAUCAUUUCCGGAAACAGCUUGAACCGAAAUCUCUGAUGAAUGGUAACAGUCUUGCGGGAUUUCUGGAGCAUGAUGCCACACUAUUUGGAAAGAGGGUAAGUGGAGACUGUGAUGAUCAAGAGAUUCAAAUACUUAAUGAGGAGCUACUGAACAUUGAGCUUAAGUGCCUGAGUAUCAUACAAGCACACAGGCUUAAGGCUGAAGUUGGUGAUCUGCAAGCCAAAAAUCCCAGUAACGAGCACUUUGAGCAAGUCCAUCAGGACCUCAUCAAUAACCACGUGGACAAUGAAGGCUCUACUAGUGCUUACAACACUGGAGAGAGCAGCUGGAGCUUACGUCCUGCUCUGGAGUCAGAUUCUCCCGACUCCCAAAGGAUGGUUGCUGGAGACAAGGGUAAAGGUUCUCCCAUGCAUAGACGCAACUCAACAGCAGGAUGCUCCAAACAUCACCUCUCCCCCAUUCAGGAGAUCAGUCCCACCAAGAGUUUGCCUGGAGAUCCAGAGGUCAUAAAUCAAGGGAAAAGAAAGCAGAGUAAGAAAAAGAUCCCAAGGAAGAGUCUUUUGCCAUCCUUGUGUCAUUCCUCAUACAAGAACACCUACAUCCCAGCUCAUGCACAACAUUACCAAAGCUACAUGCAACUUAUCCAGCAGAAGUCAGCUGUGGAAUAUGCCCAGAGCCAAGUCAGCUUAGCCAGCCUGUGCAUGAAUGCAGAAACCACCCCCACAGAGUCCAAGCUCAAGAUGGGGUGGAAGGUAAAGAUCCGUAGCGAUGGAACAAGAUACAUCACCAAAAGGCCCAUCAGGGACCAGCUUCUGAAGAAGCGAGCUUUGCACAUUCGAGAAGAACGCUGCAGCGCAACUACAGAUGACGAUGCAGCAAGUGAACUAAAACUGGGUCGAUACUGGAACAAAGAGGAGCGCAAACAGCAUGCGGCACGAGCCAAAGAACAGCGUCAACGGCGGGAACUCAUGAAGCAGUGCAUAGAGAGCAAAGAACAAGUAGGAGCAAUGGACAAGGAGGCGGAUAUUAUCCAGCUUAGCCGUAAAAGGAUGAUGAAGAGGAGGAACAAGAAGAUAUUUGACAACUGGAUGACCAUUCAGGAGCUGCUGACACAUGGCACAAUGUCCACAGACGAUAAAAGACUAUAUAAUUCCUUUCUUUCUGUGACUACAGUUUAAGGGAUUGCUUGGUUUAGGGCACUUUACUAGUUUACUGUGUAAAAAUGUGUGAGGUUUAAUGUGGGAAAUCUUGCCUCAUUUAAGGAGGUGGGUCAUUUAUGGACUACGUAUGAAAAUCUAUAGAGAUUUGUGAGGCAACAGUGAAUAUGAAUUCAAACAAACUACAGAUAUCUUAAAUAUGCUUUAUAGAACUUGAGGGUGCACUAACGUUUCAGUUUUUACUGAGGUUAUUUUAUUAAACAACUCAUAGUUUAAUGUAUAAAACAGAUGGAAAUAGAUUUUGUGUUAAAUUCUAGCUCGUAUGUGCAGUUACUGGCCAUUACUUGCAUAUCACCCACUUGUUGUAAUCACUAACACUCUUAGGUUUCACUUAAACAUUGUGGUGAAAAUUAGUUGUUCAUGACCUGAUGUUCCAAAAAGUCUUACUCCGAUAAAAGGUUAGAAAUGUCUCCGCUUUCACA